AUGGCGUUUCAACCCACCCCCAUGGAUGUGUCCGUCAUAAUCACCAAUGCGGCGUUGGCCAAAUCGGGGUCCUCGGAGCCCAGGUUCUUGACUGAGCGCCGUAUCACCCCAACCUGGACGAUCAUGCAGGUCAAGGGGAAGUUGGAGACCAUGACUGGUAUCCCGCCGGGAUGUCAGCGCUUACGGGUGAAGGUUCCCGGUCGACCUGAUCAAUGGGCUGAUGGAGAUGAUCGUUUGAUCGGGGACUAUGGGUUGGUUAAGGGGACGGAAAUUGAGGUCAACGACAGCCGUCCGCCCACCAUGCGGGCCAAUUUCACCGACUUGUCCAAUGUCGAGAAAUACGAGUUGCCCGCUGAUGCGUACGAAGCUCGCUCAGACUCCGUUCUGGCCUGGAAAAAGAACCAGAAAUUAGGUCGAUUCGACCCAAACGCCUUGUCACCUGAGGAGUCGUUGCGCCAUCAGGUUGAGAAAGACCAGACUGAAAUUCAGAAUCGAGAUAUCGCUGUUUCCAAGAGAGCGAUUGUCUUGCCUUCGUCUCCACCACACAUUCGUCGUGGUACGAUUCGCUUCGUGGGACCCGUUCCCAAGAUCCCAGUCACGGGUCCGGGUCGUGAGCUGCAACAGAGUCCGGAUCUACCAACCGAGCUUCAACCGAUCUGGGUUGGAAUCGAGCUCGACGAGCCGAUGGGAAAAAAUGAUGGUAGCAUAGGUGGCCAGCGCUACUUUGAAUGCCUAAGCAACAAAGGUGUCUUUGUGAAGCCUGAAAAGGUUGAGGUGGGAGAAUUCCCACCAUUGGGUCUAGACGACGAGUUGGACGAUUUGAUGGAAGAGAUCUGA